AUGGUCUCGCCAGACAUGCUACCAGACACCGUUCCAGUGAUAGUCAUUGGAGCCGGUCCCGUCGGUCUCUCCGUUGCUAUUGAACUACGAAUCCAUGGAAUCGACGUUCUUGUCGUAGAACGGGAAUUUGAAAUCGUUGACGGGCACCCCAAGGGACGUGGAAAUGAUCUUCGCACAUUGGAAGCCUACCACCGGUGGGGAGUAAGCGAGGAGCUGCACCGGCUUUCCUGGCAGACGCGCAACCCGGAUCAAAAACUGAUAAUCACGGAAUGUAUUGUUGACCAGCCAUUAGGCGCGUAUCCACUUCGGUAUGGUCGACAUGUCGAAGAAUCUCGGAAAUAUGCCGCGGAGCCGUCUUUGAGUGUUCCUCAGCCCAUCUUAAUGCGAGUUCUACAAGCACGGGCGAUUGAGCUUGGAGCACGGAUUUGGCGCGGCUGGGAAGCAACUACAAUACAACAGCAAGAAAAAAGCCGUGAAUACAACAGGGAACCCCCAAUAGCAACAGAUCUGAAAUGUUUAAAAACAGGGGCCAUCCAUCGUGUUCAAUCCGAUUACGUAGUGGGCUGUGAUGGACCAAAUAGCCUUGUCCGACAAAUUGCAGGAAUUCCACGGAACGGCGAUGGGCCUACGGCUCGAGCUUACAGCUACGUUGUUCGAACCAAAACACACAAGAUUGGUGAUUUGCUCAAGUCCCCAGCUCAUGAUUCUUUGGCCUUUCUCAUGGUCCUAAAUUCCAGAGCCUGCACUAUCAUUAGUAUACCAGAUGAGGAGAGCUGGGGGUUCUCUUUCCUGGUCAAAGAUGACGCACCCAGUCCUACAGAAAGGCAAAUUAUUCAAGUCGGACGGGAUGUGCUGGGAAUUGACGACGCUCAUCUCGAAGUACUUAGCUCCUCCUCCUACCGUGUCUUUACCCGUGUUGCGGAUUCGUAUUCCAAAGGCCGCUUAUUCCUAGCAGGCGAUUCCGCUCAUCUGUGUCCUCCGACGGGUGGACAUAAUAUGAAUACUGGUAUUGGAGAUGCUGUUAAUCUUGGGUGGAAGCUUGCUGCAGUUCUAAAUGGGUGGGGUGGUGAGAAGCUCUUGUCAAGCUACGAUAUCGAACGACGGCCGGUGGGAACUUCGGUUUCCAACUGUGCCAUGGAUAACAGCUACUCAAUGGCAAAUAUUGGGGAUAUUUUCGCCAAGCUACCUCCACUUGAGAAAGAUGCCUCACAAAAAGUACGUUUUGCAAGAGGUAAAAUUGCCUAUGAGGCUACUUUUCAACAGUGGAAUAGUCUGGGAAUUACUCUGGGUCAACGAUACGACAAGUCGCCAUUGAUCGUGAAAGAUGACUGGGAAGCCCCUCCAUACAACACAACAGCGUAUUGGCACUAUAGUAGCCCUGGUCAUCGUGCACCUCAUCUGUGGCUUGCUGAUGGAACACCAUUAAUUGAUCAUUUUGGAAAAGGAUUCACACUGCUAGAUGUGGAGGCCUCAGAAGUGGAGGUUGCACGAUUCCUAGAGGCUGCAGAUCGGGUAGGACUCCCUUUUACCCACCUUGCAUUACCUGCGAAUGUCGCCCGAAGCAAAUAUCUCGCAACAAUCACUAUCAUUCGGCCUGAUCAAUAUAUAUCGUGGCAGGGAGACAAAAGUGAGAACUAUGGCGCGCUUAUUGAUAAGAUUAGAGGGGGUUUACAGGAUGUGAAGAGGUUGAAUGCACAGUUAUAG